ACCGUCGUCAUGGAACGAAAUGCAUUGUCGGCACUACGUCGGGUUCGCUCGUACGCGCCAAUUUUAAAUUCUCAGUGUUUAUAAGUAUUUAUUUAAGAACUCGCCGGGCUUUAGCCGCAUCUUUCACAACAUGGUUACGAAAUGGUUUUAGAAAGUUGCUGACAUGCAUUAAUGGAUCAAAGAUUAGCCAAAGUGGAACAGAAACAGGAUAUAAACAAUCGGCUGUUUCUUAGACCCAGUCCUAAUGAAGAGGCAAAACUUCUUCAAGAGCAGAAGCAACAUUUGAAAAAAAUUCGUCUCCAACAGGUUAGAAAACAGGAAAGGUUUCUUGCAAGUAAAGCAAGAGAGAAGUUUAAGGAAAAAGAAAAGAAAGAGUUUGAAUGUUUGAAAACAAAACUGAAGAAACAGUGGGAACAUGACUUGAAUGAAAAAAGAAGUAUCUUGGAAAAGCAGUUUUAUGAAAAUGUAGCUCAUGUUGGUGAUAGUCAUGAUGCUGCAUUGAUGUAUGAUGAUGGAAGAUCGAGAGAGAGAUCAAUUGAAGAUGAUAUAAAGGCGAGAGAAAGAUAUCAAGACGCUGUAAUAAAAAUGAGAGAAGAUGAAUCUGAAAGAUUACAGAAGAUCAAUGAAAAAAUCGAGGCAAAAAAUAAAGCGAUGAAAAUUGAGCGUCAUCGUGCAGCGCAAGUAGCAGCACGCAAACCACGAAACACUGAUAUUGCACAGAAGUUAGAAACAAUACAAAAACGUAGACGUAAACAGAAGAACAUCAACGAUUUCAGCACGACAUACUUUCAUAUUCCACAAAAGAAUUUGGAAUGGGCAGAACGUUGCCCUCAACAGGUCGAAGAUGCUAGAAUGGCAGCAAAAAAGGAGGAAGAAAGGUUACACAUUGCUAAAGAGGAAUCUAAUCGCAAUUUAUCCGAGCAAAUGGAGAAGGCAAGACUACGUCACAAGCAUGCGAUAUCCAAACUUAUUGUGGAAAAGGAUUAUGAUCAAUUGCUUGAAGAACUAAAGGAUUUUGAACGAAUCGACCGACAGAGAAGACAAGAAAUAGUUUCAAAGAUUCCUAAACACGUGUUUGAACCAGCACAUAGAAGGCUUGAAGCAAACGAAGAAAGACAACGUGAUAUUGAACGCGCCUUUGAAGAUAUGUAUAUGGCCCAUACAAAUUACAAAGGUGAUGUUACGACAUUUCAAGAUAUUUCACCAACGUCUCCUGCUGCUUCAGAUGAACAAAACACAAGUGAGAAUGACAUUAAGAGUGAUUUAACAAAGACAGAUGAUGUUGAAACUAAUGAUGUUGAAGAAUCUUCAGUUACUGUUGGUGAAGGAAAGAAGAAGUUUGUUCAAGAGGCGGAAAAAUCUCGUAAUGAUGUCAAACUAACUUCAAAAGAUCCAUUAAAGAGACUUUUGAAAAAAAUUGAUAUGCAACGUGACAGAUGGAAAGCAAAUGAACUGGAUGUUGAAGCUGUCAAAGAUACAGAAGAAAAACAUAAAAAUCUUUUGAUACCAGACAAUGAUUCUGAAAUCAGCGAGGGAAGAUUGACGAUAACGACUGAAAAUUCGUGUUCUAUAAGUGCCGAGUCUGAUUUAGUGAAAGAUCAUGUGACAACUCUCAUGCAUCCUCAGGAAGAAGCAGAGCAGGCUCGCGCAGGCUACAAAACAAACAAAAUUUCUGACGUGACCAAAAAAAUGGAAUUUGAAAAGAGAGAGAUCGCUUGCAGCAACAAAAACUUAAGUUACAACUUCAGCAACAACAUUUAAUGCAGGAACAUCUACGAUUACAAUUUAAUGCGUUAAAUGACGGUGUCACAAAUAACAUC